AUGUCCAAGGCACCGCAGAAGGUGUUGCAGAUUGGCAACAUCAACCCGCACGUCAAGGCAGCCAAGUAUGCCGUCCGCGGUGAACUAGCCGUCAAGUCGGAAGAGUACCGCGCCAAGCUGGCAAAGGGCGAGGGCAAGGACCUUCCCUUUGACACUGUCAUCGCGGCCAACAUCGGAAACCCUCAACAACUAGACCAAAAGCCAAUCACAUUCUUCAGGCAGGUCGCGAGUAUACUCGAGAACCCCGGCCUGUUGGAGCACGAGGAUGUCCUGCUCAAGAGCCUGGGAUACAAGUCGGAUGUGCUUGACCGCGCAAGGAAGCUGCUGAAGGAGGUCAAGAGCGUAGGCGCAUACAGUCAGAGUCAGGGUGCGCCAGGCAUCAGGCAGAGCGUCGCAGAGUACAUUGAGCGUCGCGAUGGCUACCCAGCAAAGUUCGAGGACAUCUACCUCAGCAACGGCGCCUCGUCAGGCGUGAACACCCUCCUCCACACCAUCUGCGCGAAGCCCGAGACCGGUAUCAUGGUCCCAAUCCCUCAGUACCCUCUCUACACCGCGACCCUUUCCGUCCUCGACGCCCGCUGCGUGCCAUACUACCUCAACGAAGACCAAGCAUGGGGCACAUCACUCGACUCAAUUGCGACUGCAUACGAGAGGGCUGUUAAGGAGGGCACAGAUGUCAAGGCUAUCUGCGUCAUCAACCCGGGUAACCCCACUGGCGCGUCGCUGCCCGCCGAAGACAUCAAGGCUGUACUCAAGUUCGCCGCCGAGAAGGGUCUCGUCGUCAUCGCCGACGAGGUCUACCAGACCAACGUCUUCAUUGGCGAGUUCAUCUCCUUCAAGAAGGCUCUACGCGACCUGCAAAAGGAGUCACCCGGCCAGUACGACCACCUCGAGCUGGCUUCUCUGCACUCAAUUUCCAAGGGCAUGGUCGGAGAGUGUGGUCACCGAGGUGGCUACUUUGAGCUUAUCGGCUUUGACCCGGAGGUCGCGCAGGAGGUCUACAAGUUCAUCUCUAUCCAAUUGUGCCCGCCAGUCCUGGGCCAGUGUAUCGUGGAGAUGAUGGUCAACCCACCAAAGGAGGGCGAGCCAAGCUACGAGCUCUACAAGGAGGAGUACGACGGCAUCUUCCACGGAUUGAAGAAGCGCGCGUACGCUUUGUACGAGGCGUUCAAGCAGAUGGAGGGUGUCGAGUGCAACGAGCCACAGGGCUCCAUGUACCUUUUCCCCACCAUCCACCUCCCAGAAAAGGCCGUACAACAAGCCAAGAAGGAAGGUCGCGCGCCCGACGAGUUCUACUGCUUCCGCAUGCUCGACGCCACAGGUGUUUGCGUUGUUGCUGGCACAGGCUUCGGACAGAAGGAAGGCACGCUGCAUUUCAGGACCACUUUCCUUGCUCCUGGAACCGACUGGACAGGGCGUAUUGUCAAGUUCCACGAGGAGUUUAUGAAGGAGUUCAAGUAG